UUCGAUAGUUCAACGAGUAGUAAUCAUAGUGAAAAUAUGUAAUAAAAAUGAAAUGAAAGCAGAAACAGGAUUGUAAGAAAUAUUAGCAACAAUAAAUUGUAAAUAUAUCUGGUGUGUAGAGCGAAGAAAGUGCGAAAGUUUAUUUAUAAUGCCAGCCGGUCUGAAAGUUGUGUGAAAAAAUUUCUUCCAUUUCCGCUAUCUCCGUGUAUUCGCGCAUUCAUGUACCAGUCCGCGCGGACCUUUUAACCGUUUUUUCCCAUCACUUUGCUGUUGCUCCUCUGUACUUAUUUCCAACAGCGAAGUAGUGGCAGUACGACAAAAACAAAGUCAGCAAACGCGCUGCUUCCAGUGUCAAAGCAAACCGAACCGAGUGUCGUCGAUGUUGUUGCUGCUGCUUGCGUUGAGUGAAUGUGAAAGAAGAAUGGAAAAGUGCACACUCAAAUAUUGAAUUGAGGCGAAUGAAUAAGUGCAGAAGUGAAAGAAUUGCUAGCUGUGCAAAAAAGUUAUUAGAAUAUUUAGUGUUAUGCUGAAUUUAUGUUGAUUUCUGAUUGCGUUGCAAUAAUUACAUUAAAUGAAAAGUUAAAAUUAAUAAAUUAUAAAAGAAAAUAUGUGCGUGUGUAGAAACUAAAAGAAGAAAAAAAAUAUUAAACGUGCAUUGACGUUGAUACAAGAAAUCGACCAAAGAAGAAAAGUGUAAAGGAAGAAGGAACAAGCAAGAAAAGGGCAAAUGUGAAUGUGCGCCACAAGUAAGGCGAAAAAAAGUGUCCAAACGUCCCCCAAUUAUUGGUGGCUAGGUCAUCGUCGUUGGCCGUUUCGUCAUCACCAUCAACAUCAUUAUCAACAUUAACAUCUUCCCAUCUAUCAACAAUGAAUGCAUACCUGCAUUAAUUAUGAAAUUUUGAUUUUGCCAUUGGCGCCUUGUUGCUAUAAAAACUAAAUUUGUUUCCAAAACAGGCGAAACCUUCACUGUGCUGCUGCAAUUCACAUACUUUUAUUUCGUCAGCGCCUUACCGAAACUUUGUUCGUGUUUUUCUGUUAGUUUUUGCCACCCUGGAAAUUUUGCAAGCAACAACACAGCGGAGUACAUUUAGAAUAGGAAUUUAUUUUUUAUGAGGAAAAGUAAUAUUUUAACGGAUUGCUGCAUUGAACUACAGAAUAUAUCUUCAUAACUUCUAUAAUAGAGGAACAGUGGUGUAGAGUUGAUGUAGAUACCACACGUAAAUGCAUCAUAACCUACGCUUUGGUUGACUGAAAGCAAAAACAACAACAACAACAAGAAAAAAAGCAAAGCGGAACAGGAACAAUGUAAUACCUUCAACAUGACUUAACGAAAGUCGAAACUAAAAGUGGAAGUGCGAAGGCCGGCUGAGCGGAUGAAAGGAGCCAUCAAUCGUACACACAGGCGAGGCAGAAGCCCUAUAUAUGUGGUAAAAAUAUUGUAAGCAAACCAACGUCAAACGAAAUGAUAUACCACACAGAGCAGGACUAAAGCGCAGGACUUAGAUGGAAUCCCAAUGAAGGUUGUAAAUGUGAUUGCCUGACUGACGCACAAAAAAACCCGGAUCAGACCGCAUAAUCCGCUACGAAAAGCAAGUAAACAAAAAGCUGAAAAAGAAAAGGGAGAAAAAAAAACGAACUUAACUCUGAAUAUGAAAAAUAAAAAAUAAUUUAGCAAAAGAAAAUCGUCAACCAACAACCCCAAAAACGAAAAACUUUAAAUUACCAUUUUAAGCGCAAAUGCAAGCACAAAGGGGGACAUUUUGAGAACGAGCGCAUCAACCGCAUGUUGUCAACUGUCCAAAAUCAGCAACAAGAAGGAAUCAAAAAACAAAAAAAAAAGAAACGGCAAACAACACAAAUAACACAAACAUUGCCAUUCCCACCAUUACUAAAUACUAUAAUCAACCUAAUUUUGUUGCUGCGUCGUCGUCGUCAGCGUCGCCGAGGUCGCAGUUGCAAUCGCCAACCACCUCAUCCAUCGUCCAACGUACAACAACGUCGUAAUAAUACCAUAGUAGUGACAUUAAGACAGUGACCACCAGAGUUACGCUCGCAACGAAAAAGUAGAGAGUACAACAAUAUAAAUAAAAUAUAUAGAAAAACAAAAACAAGAAAUUUAAGAAAAUUGUAUAGCCGCAUUUGCCGAAAAAAUGUUGCAAGACACCAAUAGUACCGCCAUACAGCCAAAAGUCGUUGUAAUUCGACGACGUCCGAAUCAAGGUUUCGGUUUUACGCUGCGUCAUUUCAUUGCCUACCCACCGGAAGAUGAUCCCUCUUGGCCACAGGAAGCAUCUGAUCCGUACCACCACCAAGUGAAAGCUAUGGAAACCAUUUUCAUAAAAGAAGUUCAAACGAACGGACCUGCUCACUAUGCCAACCUGCAGACGGGCGAUCGCGUUCUAAUGGUGAACAACACACCCAUCGCCGGACUUGCAUACAGUACAAUCGUGUCGAUGAUCAAGCAAACGCCUUCAGUGUUGACGUUGCAUGUAGUGCCCAAGGAAUGCGAUGUACUACAGAUGCAUUACACCAGCAUUGCGCAUACACCAGAAACUAAUCGUCUUGCCACAGCGCCUCGACCCAUACCAUCGCCUGUAACUGUGGGCAAUGGUAAUGCAGCUGGCGCAUUAAUACCAAUCACAUCAGCUGCGGCUGCAACUACAACAAAAUCAUUUUCACACCAACAUCAAUUGAUCUCAUAUCCACCGUUGAGCGGUGGUGGUGGUGGUACUGGUGGUAGUGGGGUUGGCACCGGAGGAAAGGCUAGUCGUUCGGGCAGUAUUACAAGCUCUGGUAGCAGUAGCUUCCGUCCCACAGUAGUGGGGAGUGGUGAAUUUGUCGAUAUGCCAUCGCAGGCACUGCACCAGCACAGCGGACGGUUGCUGUUACGGGACGAUGGCGGCGGAGGAUUUGUGGCGCGUUCCCAGCCGCCGCCAAAUUUGACAGUAUUAUCCCGACAACAACAACAACAACAUCAACACCAGCAACAUCAACUCUACCACUCACAUUCGGCUGCAGCUGCUGCGGCCGCAGCCAAUUCUGCCUUUUAUGCCCCAGCCUCGGGUGUUGGCGCCGUUGACACCAGCGAAUUGAUGAUACGCCUACGUGAGUCGAUCAAACAGAAAGAGGAAUUCCUUAAAUCACCGCUGCCACACACGCACGCCACACUGCACAGCAUUCCCGCUGUGGGCCAUAGCGCCCAACAACAUUUCUUCCCGCCACACACACCGCCGUCGGGCAGCCCGCAAUUGUCUAUGGUGUCGACGACAUCAACAUCGGCCGGUUCAUCAGGGCUGAGCAGCAUAGGCGCCGGCGGGCCGACGACGGCGACUGCGCGUGGUCAGGUGCGUACACUCGUCAAGCAACCACUAUCGGCGACGUCCUCAUCGGCGUCUAGUACGCGUGAAUUGUUGCCCGCCAACGUCAGUGCAGUUGAAAUGCAUCAAUACUAUGGUAGUGUGAGCAACACUGGCAGUAGCAAAAACCACGUCACGAAUAUCGGUGGCGGUAGUGGCGGUGGCGGCAAUUAUAUUAGCAUGGAGAGUGCGAUGAGCCGUGGCAGUGCAGUUAAUGCGGCAAUGAGCGUGAGUGGUGGUGUUAGAGCUGGUGGUGGCGUUGAUGCGGCCGUGUCGCGACGUGCAGCUGGCAAUGGUAGUGCAGGUACUAGCGCGAACAACAACAAUGUCAUGGGUGACAAAUACGUGAAGGAUUUGGAUUAUUUGGAAACGCUACAGGAGACUGGAGUCACCAACAAAGUUUUCGAGCGCAAACUCGUCUCACACCUCGCCAAGGGAUUCGAUCCCUUCCAACCGCUCUCCAUCAAUACAAACGCCUGCGUGGAUCCCAACGCUACAGCUGGCAAUGUGGGGCUGAUAAAGAAACCCACAGUGCUUUACGAAUCACUGCAACAUCAUCCGUUGCAUCAGCUACAGGUACAACAACUGCAACAAACGCAACAAGCACAAACUUCACAAAUGCCAUUGCAAUUGGCGAAGAUGCACGCCGCCAGCAGUUCGAUGGGGCAGCACCACCAGCUGCAGCUGCAACAGCAACAGCAGCAGCAGCAGCAGCAUCAUGUGACCGGCAGCGUUGUGGAUGGUGCACAAUUCAGCCGCAUGGAGAUACACAAGGCCAGUUUGGCCACGACGACCAUCGAUCAUGCGCCGUCAAGUAAAUACAGCAGUAAAUUACCGGAAGCUCUUGGAUCGGCAACAACAGCGGCGACUGCGGUGGCUGAACCAAAACCGGCACUCACUGAUAUCGCUGAAAGCAAUGAGGUGCCAGCGAACAUCCAAGUGGCAGCAGCUGUUGGCGCUUCCGAUGGCAGUAGUGCUGCUGUUGUGGAGCGUCGCUACAAGCCGAUGUCCUCGUUUGAUGAUAGCAAACCAAUGCGUCGCAUCUCAUAUCUACGCGCCACUAACAAUGAGGCCGACUAUUCAACAUCGGACACAUCCACCACAUCGCUGACGGGGUUAAAUAGUAGUGGAGUUGGUAUUGGUGCACCGCCACUUAUUGAGGUGACGUCUAAGCAAUCGUCAUUCGACGAUGAUGAUGAUGUGGUCGACGAUGAUGAGGAUCCUACGUAUGACGUGGUAGCUGGUGAUGAACGCGAAACUAUACAAACGGCUGCCGAGUUGAUGGCUGCUACGGCACAGGAGCAGUUGGAGCAGCAGCAGCAGCAUUUGAAAGAUAGAGCGAGUGUCACUGCAGAGGCGGCCAUUGUGGCGGCGGUGACGGCUGCAGGUGUUGGUGGCGGUGCUGCGGCGGCUAUAAGUGAAAGUAGACGCGAAUCGGUGAAUAGUGAAAUACGAAAUAGCGUUCACAUUGACGAUGUAAUCGCAGACAUAAAUGGCAAAUUGGAAACAAAGGAUGUGGCUACCGAAAUGGAAGUGUUCGAAACUGAAAUGGAGAUUAAGUCGUCGUGUAUCAAUGGCAAGCGCCUUUCGGAUUAUCGUUCUUGGCGGCAAGUGAAAAUCGAAAUCAAAGGCGAUCUUCUACGUAUCUAUCCAGGCCGAAGUUGUAAGGAGAGCAAUAUGAUAGAACUCGAUAUUAGAAACUUUAAAAUCUUCGACGAGUCGGUCGACAAAAAGAAAUCCUACAUGUUUCGCAUGCAAUCGAAACCAACACAAAUCGCCACUUUGGGCAAUGAGCUGAAUCUGGACGAUGUACCCGAUAAGCUGACCUCAUCGGGCAGCAGUGCGUCGACAUCAGCGUCGCACGUGGAGCCGCAACAUCACCAACCACACCAACAACCAACGGAAAUAUUAUUUAAAACGAAAAGCAUGACGGAAAUGAAACGCAUUUUCGGUUUAUUGCAAUGGAAAAAUAGUUUAAUUUACGACGAUAGUGAUCUUCAAGGCAGGCAAUUGGCUGAGCCGCAGAAAACCGCGGCUAUCUCAAGCAUGCCAACAGCAACAUACUGUGAUGAUAACGUACAACAACAGCAACACCAACACCAACAAUUACAACCAGAAUAUUCACCAUUAAGCACAACCUCACGUGGCGAUUCCGAGAUCGUAUCGGACUCCAUUUCGCCGGUGAUGAAAACGCGCAAAUCAUCUUCACACAAAAAUAUACCUGACAAAGAUUUGGGUUCACCAAAAGCCAAAAAUUGGAAAGAUUUACUCUUUAGACGCGGUGGCGGUAGUAGUAGUAGCCACAAUGCGGAUAUUUCGCCAUCCAGCUUAGCUUCUGGCGGCAAAACGACCGGUUCAAUUGGCGUGCCAUUGAAAGCGUGUCCGAUGUCUAAAAACAACGAAUAUGUGCCGCUCUUGGUGGACGUCUGCACAAAUAUCGUUGAAACGAAAGGGCUGGGCAUUGUGGGCAUCUACCGCAUACCUGGCAAUAAGGCUGCCAUUUCGGAGCUGUCGGAGCAGGUGAAUAAAUCAGACUUUUCGUGGGAUCGCUGCAGCACCGACGUUAGGUGGGAAGACGUGAACGUCGUGUCGAGUUUGCUAAAGCAAUUCAUACGCAAUCUGCCCGAUGCGCUGCUGCCCUGUUCGUUCUACAUAAAUUUCAUUGAAGCUGACAAGAAGACGGGCCUGGAACGCUUAAAAGAGCUCAGGGAGUUGCUGAACUCGCUGCCGCGUUACUCAUAUGAGACAUUGAAGCAUCUGAUACGUCAUCUGAGUCGUGUGAGCAAAAAUUGUGAUGUGAAUUUGAUGGAGCCAAAAAAUUUGGCAAUCAUAUUCGGUCCAUCGAUUAUACGCACGCCCAACGAUACGCUCGAGAUGGCGGUGAAGGACAUGAAGCAUCAGUGUCGCAUUGUAGAGUUGCUCGUGACGCAGUAUGAUUACUUCUUUGAGAACGGCCCCUUGCCCGACCUGGCGGACGUCACUGGUAACACUCCCAUUGCGUCCACUUCCAGCUCGGCUUCAGGCGUACUCCACACCCAGGAGGACCAGACGAAUAUGUUGCUGCACAAUGUGUCGAAGAUCGAGCGCCUAACCGAGCGCGAGACGUCAUCCACAACGCGCACCUCGCGUUUCAUUCCGCAGCUGCGACGCCGCACGCACAGCAAGCGGGGUGCUGCCAGCUCGGACACCUACUCGGGCGAAAGUGUGUUGUCAUUGGAUUCCACCAAAUCUGCUACGACAGCGAUGACCACAAGUAGCAGCUCCACCAAUGCUACCACGGCGUCAUCGAGCAGUGGCAGUGGCGGCAGCAGCAGCGUCACAUCUUCAACGCAAAAGACGAAAAAGGAGCGUAGCUUCCUGAUUAAUCACAGCGGCGGCGGUUUUGUGCGUCUGCACCAUCGAAAAGCCAGCCUGGAUGAGAAGGACUCGGGCAGUUGUAGCGGCUCGGGUAGUGGCAGCGGUGGCAGCAUGAGCAAGGAACAGCAACGCAGCAGCGUCGAUAUAUCGGUGCUGCUCACUGAUGACGAGUCGAGCAACAGUCGAAGCGACACGGGUUCCAUGUCGCUUACGACAAUCACGGACACGCUGGACUCAAAAUUGCGCAAUUUGCGCAGCGGCUCCGAAUCGAAUGAUGAAAACGGUUCGCCCGAGUUCCGCAAAAAUCGGCGACACACGCUUGGCCAGCCGCUGCAUCUGCAUUCAGAAAACAUUCCCUACGCCGACGAGUCACCUGAGCGUCAUUUUCAUUCCUGCCCUUUGGAUGCGCCCAAUGUGCUGAUGCUCAGUCGUUCCUGCACCGCCACCAACACACUGACCUUGGCGAAAGCGAAUGAGAGCAAAGAGCAGCGCGUCGCGGCGGUAUUGUCUGCAUUCAAAAGCAACAAACUGCAACAUUCUGCCACCGUCCCCAUCAAUCCCGGCUCAACAACAACAAUUGUGAACACCGGCAGCACACCAUCGACUACGGCAUCCACGCCCACCGCUAUUUUGACGGUAAAAACGACCAACACACAAGGUGGUAUUGGCGUUAGCGGUGGUGCCGCUGUAGGUACCGGCAGUGGCAGUAAUUUAGCACGUAAUUCCUAUUUAGGGCGUGGCACACGCUUCUCCAAGCAAGUGUACGAGCAACAGUGUUGCUCAGAUGAUGACUCAGAGGGUUCGACAACGAGCGAUCCCAAGGAUUCGCUCAUCAUUGCCUCGCCGCCGUUUUUUCUAGAUCGCUACAACAAGAAACGACGCGAUCAUCGACUCUUCCGCUCCGCUUCUUUCAAUUGCCGCAACUAUUCGUCGUCGUCGGGCAGGCAUAGCAGCAGCGGUGGACCGCACAAUACUGGCGGUUCUGCAUCAGCGUUAACAAAAGAUGAAAAGACUGAUAUGAAUUUAACGAAGAAGCGACAGAUACAAAACAAACAGAAUCGUUCGAUAAAACGGAGGCACACGGUAGGCGGACCGCAUGACUAUGUUGGACCCAAUGGCUGUCCGGCAGCGAAUAGCAACAAUUGCAAUCAUCAUCACACCUGCAAGGUGACUGCUGGUGCGGGUGGUACUACAACAACCACCACAACCGUACUAAGACGCAUUCCUAUACCAAGCGCUAAUGGCAACAUAAGCAACAACAACAAUAAUAUCAAUACAAAUCUAACGCAAGACGGCAACAAUGGCAAUGGUGGCGGCGGCGGUGGAAGUGGUAAUGGCGGUGGUGGCAAUGUAGUGGUUGGCGGCGGUGCCGGUGGAGCUGCAGUGACUAUGGCGAGCGGCACGGGCGGCGAGCAUGUGCUGGAGGUGGGCAUACGCAUAAAGAAUAUCAACAGAAGUCGAUAUUAGGAGUGCAACAUCAUAAACGACGAGAGCUGGCAAGCGGAUGACAGUUAUAGCGCAGCAUUGUAAUAAAGUGGAGGCGAAAUCGGCGAAAUGUUGCGGCGAAAGCAGUAAAAAGUAAAAACUGCAAAGGAAUAUACAAACAAAACAGAGUUAUAAGGAAAACACCAAUUAGUUGUUAAGUUGAAAAUAUAAAAAGUCAGCAGCGUUCAGUUAAAUGUGUGUGUAAAAACAAAUUUAAAAAUCUAAUAUUAGCGAAAAUUUAAAAUUAGAAAACAAAAAGCGCAAAACAACAAUGAAGCAAGAUCAGAGGAUA